UGUAAAAUUGAGGCAGUUCAGUCUAAACAACUGCUUCACAGUUCACAUCACUGCGGAAGAAGGAAGGAAGGAAGGAAGAAGACAUCUUUUUUCUCAUACGAAAUUCCCAUCAUUUCCUUCCAUUCAAAGGGUUCAUCUCGGAAGGCGACUAAAGUACUGCAGAAAUUCCUUAUUAGCAAUGGCUGGUGAGGCAUAUAAGGAACAUGUUGCAGGGCUAUUGAAAGUCAUCCGAGCUUCGAAAAUUGUCAAAGAGGACAACAUUCCUUGCCUAAUUGAAGAUGGCCUUUUUUUAGGAUCUCUUGGAGCUGCCAAUAAUAAGACUGCUCUGAAAGCAUUGAACGUCACACACAUUUUGACUGUCGCCCAUUCGCUGAUCCCUUCUCACCCUAACGAUUUUGUUUACAAAAUUAUCCAAGUUCGGGACACAGAAGAUGUCAAACUAUCUCAGUACUUCGACGAGUGUUUUGCAUUUAUAGAUGAAGCUAAGGCGUCAGGAGGUGGUGUACUGGUUCACUGCUUUCUUGGACGAUCAAGAAGCGUUACCAUCAUUAUUGCUUAUCUUAUGUUUAAACACGGCAUGAGCUUAUCCGAAGCUGUGGAGCACGUGAGGGUGAAAAGACCAACGAUGUGUCCCAACCAAGGAUUCAUUUCACAACUCGAGGAGUAUGCGAAAUUUCUUCAAGCAUUUCCAUUUGUCCAGUAGAUGCAAAAAACAAAGACAGAGCAGCACACGAGCCUGAAAAGUCGGGUAGCUCAGUAUAGUUACAAAGACACCUCCAAUGGCUACCGAUGUAUAUACACAGAAGCAUUCUUAUCGCUCCUUGUUGUCUCUGUUUCCGAAGCAGCAGUAAACUAUAGACAUCAAGGCUCGUUCAUUUCUCUCUUUGGAGUGAAUAAGGACACAUUUUUCCACAUGGAUUACAAUGGACCAAACUCAUUCUGUCUGAAGCAGCUCAAAUUAGUUGAGCUAAUCAAAUCAUGCCUGUGUUUAGAAUUUUAGAUUCUGUAAUAACUGUUUUUGCUCUAUUUAUUUCAAAUCAAAGUUACCAACA